AUGACAAUGACGGUAGACGAAAAACCAGUAUCUGUAUCACUUGAAGACCUUCAAACAGGCAUUGAUAAUGAAACCUUAACAAAAGCUUUCGGGCCUAAUUCACUAGGAAUUGUCAUAGUUCGAGAUUUACCACCGGAGUUCCAAAGUCUAAGGCAAAAAGUGCUCACAAGUGCAUCAAUUUUGGCAAAUCUAGACCAAGAGGAGCUCGCGAAACUUGAAUGUAAAGAGGCGAUGUGGUUGGUAGGGUGGUCACGCGGUAGGGAGAAAUUAGCAAAGUCAUCGUUACCAGAUUUCAAAAAAGGAUCAUUUUACAUGAAUUGUGCAUUCCAUAAGGACCCAAAAUUGGAGGGUCCCGAGUCAAAAUUGAUUGAGAAAUAUCCAGACUAUAAGCCCUACACGGCCUCUAAUAUUUGGCCAAGAAACAAUAAUCUUAAAGAUUUCCAACAUGAUUGUAAGGCAUUGUGCUCGUUAAUCAUCGAGGUUGCUGGAACAGUCGCAAAAGCCUGUGACAAGUACAUCAAAAGCAUUUAUGAUGAUUAUGAUCAGAGCUACUUACAACGGAUUGUUGAGAAAUCUACGUGUACCAAGGCACGGUUGUUACAUUACUUUCCCAAGAUAGAAAAAGACACCAAUGAGUCGAUUGACGAUUGGUGUAGUGAACAUCUUGAUCACUCCUGUUUAACUGGGCUAACAUCGGCAUUGUUCAUUGAUGAAUCGAAAGGGUUGACUCACGCAUUAGAUACAUCUCCAGAUCUGCGAGCAGGUUUGUAUAUAAAGAAUAGAAAUAAUGAAAUUGUCAAGGUGAGUAUCCCCCCUGAUUGUUUAGCGUUUCAAUCGGGUUCAGCAUUGCAAGAAAUCUCCAAAGGUAGAUUCAAGGCCGUGCUGCAUUAUGUCAGAGAGACUGAGAUGCCAAACAUUGCUCGAAACACUUUGGCUGUUUUUUGCCAGCCAGAUUUGGAUGACAUGAUUAACGAGGAGGAAGAUUUUGCAAGGUAUUCAGAUAGGAUAUUAAGAGGUAAUCAUUAA